AUGGCACGCAUAAGCCUGAGGCACGGCCUCGAUCGUGACGUCUAUCAGAUUGUUAAGAAAUUGGAAGAAGAACGACAAAACGAAAUCUCGAAAAAGGGCGACGGGAAAAAGAAGCCGGCAAAACUCACAGUGACGGGCGUGUAUGAGAGCAUCAAGAGAAGCAACAGCAGUCUGAGCCGGCAGAAGCGUAAACCCUUGGAGGACGCCAUAGAGAGGGUGCUAGACUUCAGGAGAGAGGAAGAGUGCGAGGAGGAGGACAGCGACGACCUGCUCGAGGCCCAGGAGCAGGCUGAGAAGGCGUACAAGGAGGAGGACCGGUUCUUGCUUAACAGGCAGAUGACGAAGCACUGGAACGUCGCUCCGGCAACCCCCGCGCCCGCCGUAACGGCGCAGGGCUCGGAGGGCAAGAGCACGAAGAAGCGCCGGCUCUCACCCGAGCCAGCUGAGGCGGCUGCCAACGGCGCCGUCAGUGAUGCCUCCGGGAUCGCCUCGGCCAAGGCCGGCAAGGCUGGCGCGGCGGAGAUGACGUCGUUGGCGAAGAAAGCUCUCAAGCCCAGCAAGUAUGGGCCGGAGAGAAUACCGCCCGGCUCGGUCCUACUGGGCGGGGUGGACGAAGUUUUGAGUGAACUGGCUCGCUACGUCUUCUUACGCGCAAAAGAACCCGAUGAUUUCCUCGACUUCGGCGAGCAGCCCAUUGGAGUCAUCGUCUCAGGGCCGCCGGGGACCGGAAAGCAAUCUCUCGUGCGGCUGCUUUCUUGGAGGCUGAACACACCCGUCAUCUGGCUGGGCCAGUAUCUCGCCGAGACAAGAUCGCCUGAGAAGGUCAGCAAGAUUUUCACCGAUGUUUUUGACGAGGCAAAGAAGAUUGCCCCGUGCGUAGUGCUUGUAGAGCACCUUGAUCAGUUUAUGGCGAAGUCGGGCACCGGUCGUAGCGAUUUCGACCACGAAGUGAUUACACAGCUCAAGCUGAACAUCCGACGCCUGAGAGAGUGGGAGCAAGGCGGCCAGCGCGUGCUGAUUGUGGGCACAACGAGCAAGCUCGAACUGAUCGACCCGAUGCUGAUGAGACCGGACUACUUUGCGCAAACCAUCACCGUCAAAGUCCCUGACGCCAAUGCACGAGAGGAUAUCUUUAGGGUCCUGACCCACAACCUCAAUAUUCCGCCAGAAGUCGACUUCAAGACCCUGGCCGUCCGCACUCAUGGCUUCGUCGGAGACGAUAUCCGCUCCGUUGUUCAGGUCGCCGAACGCAGAGCCAGCGAUCGCUUCGUGCUCGCGCAGUGCGGACUGGCACGGCAUACCCUCGAGGCAGAGAGCAUGGACUUGACUGAGGACAACUUCGACUUCGGCAGGACACUGGCCAAAGACAUCGUCCUGUUUUCCGAUUUUAAAAAGCAUCCGUCUUACACUACACCGAACCGCGGAACCGUCACUCAGAGAGAUCUUCUCGACGCCAUCGCCCAGCACACCCCUUAUAUGCGCCGCGAAGGCUUCUCCUCCAUCCCAGACACCACCUGGUCCGAGGUCGGCGCCCUGCACUCCGUCCGCGCCGCGUUCCAAGUCUCAAUCAUCCGCCGCAUCAAGGAGCCCCUUCUUUUCCAGAAGUUCGGCAAGCAGCGUCCCGCAGGCGUGCUCCUCUUCGGCCCGCCCGGGUGCGGAAAGACGCUCGUCGCCAAGGCGGUCGCCAACGACGCGCAGGCCAGCUUCAUCCUUAUCAAGGGCCCCGAGCUGCUCAACAAGUACGUCGGAGAGUCGGAGCGUGCCAUCCGCGAGCUCUUCACCCGUGCCAAGUCCUGCGCGCCGUGCAUCCUGUUCUUCGACGAGAUGGACUCUCUGGUGCCGAAGCGAGAGAACACCACGACGGAGGCGGGAGCGCGCGUGGUGAACGCGCUGCUGGCCGAGCUCGACGGUGCCGGGGACAGGGGCGAGGUCUACGUCAUCGGCACCAGUAACCGGCCCGACAUGAUCGAUCCCGCUGUGCUCCGCCCGGGACGUCUCGACAAGCUCCUCUUCGUCGACCUGCCAACCGAAGACGAGCGUGUUGACAUCCUUCGCACCAUCGUCCGCAACGGCCUCGGCGGAGAGGAGCAAGACAUCGAGGGUAUUGCGCGGGACGAACGCUGCAAGGGAUUCAGCGGUGCCGACUUGUACGGGCUGUAUAAGAAUGCCCUCGACGAGUGCGUGCUGAGGUUUGAGGGAGGAGAGCCGGCUCUCAUACGCGAGGACUGGGAGGCCGCACUGAACAAGACGAAACCCAGCGUGGCGAACGCCGAGAUGUACAGAAAGUUGGCGGCCAGGUUGCAUCAUCAGAAUUAG